AAUAAAAAAAACAAUAUUCUGUCAUUCUGUGGAAAGAAAAAUAUAUACGGUAUAGCUUAGCUGUUUAUUGUGUGAUUCUAUUGAAAUUCAUUAGAUAAGAAUAUGCCAUGGCAGAACCAAUGACAGACGCUAAACCAAAAGAUCCCGAUCUCGAACACGAACUGGAAAUUCUAGCAUUCAACGAAUUCCAAAAGGCCGACUACCAUUCUUGCCUGCAGUCGUUGAUUAAAUUACAGAAAUCGCAAUCCGAAUCCAACAUGAAGGUUACUCACAACCGAGCCGUGGUCGAGUUCUACUUGAGCGACCUGCGUCGGUAUGACCAAUUCCGUAAAACGAUGAUUCAGAUCACCGAACUAGCAGGUGAAAUUCAAUCUGUGCCGGAUGUCAAACAUCCGGAACUUGCGGCGGCUUAUGUUAAUCAGGCUAUGGUUCUCUUCCACUUCAAACAACCACUGGCGGCGUUGAAAAUCAUGCUUGCGGUUUUGGUCCAUUUUGACCAACUGGAUGAUUAUCUGCUGCGAAAGGCAGGCAUUUUCACAGUGCAUUUAUUACUAGACGUGAACCAGCCGAGGAAAGCUAAAGGAUUGUUGGCCAUGCUGCAAGCACGAUUGAAUAUUCGAGUGCAGGACAUUCUGAACGAGGAUGAAGAAGAAGAACGCCCGGUAGAUAAUGAGAGCAGGAAAGAUAUUUCGGAAAUUCAAUUCGAGGAGUUUCGGAAGGAAUUCCGGCUGAUACUGUUCCGGUCAAAUUUGUUAAACGGUAAAAAGUAUUUUUUGAUUCCAUGCGAAGAUACUUCCGAAUAUUCGGUUCUGAAGGGACAUCAGUACUACUUGGGAAACGAUUAUCAGAUGGCAGCGAAAGAGUUGUCGAAGCGAUUUAUUAAUGAACCCAUUCAAGUUCAGUUGCACGGUGAAGAUCAAAAUACGUGUUUGGCAAAUAAUAUGGGCCUUAUUCAUUUUGCAGUGAAGCAUUAUGCCUUAGCUGCCCGUUUUUUUCAACAGGCUUUGUUAUUUGAUCAAGCGGCAACGGAUAAAAGUUCGACGGAGAAAAUUGAGGGUUCGCCAUUAUACUGUGUUGGGGCUACGAAACGGUUGGAAAUUUUAUAUAACCAUGGUAUAACACUCUUGCAUUUGCAAAAACCACGAGAGGCUUUCGAAUGUCUGCUAGUUGUACUAAAUUCCUAUCACAACAAUCCGCGGCUGUGGCUUCGACUUGCCGAAUGUUGCAUUAUGGUGCAUCAGCAAGAACAGAGAGAACAACAGAAAAAUCCAUCUGCUGUUUUCGUGCAUCGUAAAUAUUUGCAGGAACGACCGUUCGGUAGUGAGACAGAAUCAGCAGCCAUUCCCAGCACAAAUUUGGAGUUUGGAUCGCUCUGCUUAAGAAACGCCGUCACACUGAUUGACUAUCACACUAAAGAACUGGCGAAGCAGACGGAAAUGGCUGAUAAACCGGUGCCCUGGGAUAAACUGUACGAAGGAGUUCCCUGUAAUCCGUGUAAGCCCUUGAAACCUGCUAACCUGGAAAAACUGCGCAUCGCAACGUUAAGUGCCUACAGCUAUUUACUGCUUGCUUUGGGUGAAAAUACGUUAGCUUUAAAAUACGCCCAGCAGCUAUUAAGCAUACCCAAUUUACCGGAAACUUAUCAAACACUAGGAACGCUUUACAGUGCAGAGGCUUUGCUACUGUUGGACCGUAUUCCUGAAGCACUUGCUCAUCUUGAUCCAAAGCGAAUCAAAGAUUUUACUGGAGAUGAUUUUACAACACGUGGAUCACCUAACUGGACAAUGAAUUCGAUUGAAGCAGCGCAAACCGUAAUGCACUACAAUUCAGCUGUAACACUCUUCGCCGCAGGUGAUCACGAGAAGGCCAAGGUGUACAUGAAUGCCUGCAGUACCGGGCAUGCAAUAGUUCUGCCACAUUUGAAGAUGCUCAAAAUGUACGUUGAGUUGGUCGGUGGUAAUGUCGAAAAAGCUAAAUUGAUGGCACGUUACGAUACGCCCAACUUGGUGUAACGAUUAGUUAUAUAGAAAGUGUUUAAAUUGUACAAUAAAUAAUAGCGUUACAGCGGAAA